AUGCCAUUACCAUCAUCACCAAAACGAUGCUGUCAAACAGCUUUUCAAGCUGUUCGGGCUGAUCAUUUAGAUUGCCUGGCUGAAAUGGGUAGAGAUUUGUUGGAAUCUCGAGAUAUUUAUGGACAGACGCCGUUACAUGUUGCUGCAAAACUUGGUCGUUUAGAUAUUGUUGAAUUUCUCUUGAAAUAUGCUCCUGAAACACAAGAUGUUAUAACCCAAUGUGGUGAAAACCCAAUUUUAAUAGCUGCAGCUGAAGGCCAUAUACGGAUCGUCGAACGACUACUCCAAGGGCCAUUAAAACUUGCAACGGUUCGAGCAUUGCAUCGCGACAUAAACGGUACGUCGGUACUGAUGGCCGCUGUGGUACGUGGCGACAACGAUAUGGCCUUUUGGCUUCUUCGACGUUUCGGCAAAGCAUUGGCAAUGCAUCCGAAUAAUUGUCGAAUGUUACCCCUUCAUGUUGCAGCUGCACAAGGUGACCGUAAAGUAACAUUGGCAAUCAAUGUUGACAAUCUAUUUUUACAUUAA